GGUUGUGCGGCCUGCCUCCGGUAAGGAGUCAGCCAAGAACGCGAUGCGACCGGCCUUCUCCGCCUCCAAGCCGUCGCCGUCCGGGAGGGAGAAGGGCAGGAGGAAGGGCGCCUCCGCGGCCGAACAGCUGCUCACCGGCCAGGCCGUCCCCCUCCGCACCCGCCUCCACGACGCUCUCGCCCUCGGCCUCACCAAGUCUGAUGGCCACGGUGCUAAAAAAUGGCAGUCUACUGAUGCUGGAGUACAGUCUCACGUGCUCAAAUCGGUGGGUGCAUUUGUCGGUUGUCUUUCAAAUGAACUGCUCAGACUUCCUCCUAUAAAGGAGUCAAUUUCAGAUAUACUUGUAGCACUGGAAGGUAUUCUUAAGACAGAGAACGUUUCAGUUCUGAUCCAAGCAGCUGACGUGAGCUCGAAGUUUUUCUCUACUUUAGGAAAUUCUGUUCGCCAAUACUCAGUUUUGGAGAUGGUUUCGUGCCUCUCAUGCCAUUUGUCUGCAAAUCAGCUACGUAUUGCUUUACCAUGUGCAAGUGCAUUGACUUGUAUAUUGAACAACCAAGUUACAGCGAGAGCUUCGACUCAGGCAGAAAUUUGGGAGGCUCUGGACAAGACCAAUGCAGUUGCGAGUGUUAUUUCAACUCUACAGAAUUACACCGAAGAUGUCCAUCCACUGAACUAUCUGACAGAGAUGAUAUCUCUGCUAAGAAGUAUACUGUGGAUUUGGCCUUCCUCGAGAUACCAUGUAUGGAGCAAUCACAACUUGAUGGCCAAACUAGCACAUUACUGUCUUACUGCUGAAACAACAGUUUCAGCUAAAAUUCUUAAGCUAUAUGCUGCUUUAGCUUUAUGUGGCAAUGGAGCAAUGGUCCUUCUUAAGAAUGAAGAGCUGAUCAUUAAGACUGGUAACCUUAUGGGAAAAUCUCAUCCUACUGUUACUAGGAUUGAAGCAUUGAGGCUCUGCCAGGUUUUUCUGAGAUCUUCAAGGGGCUGCAAUUGGUUGAUGACUGCACAUGGUCAGCCUAUUGUUCAAGGCAUAACCAAUGCCAUGUCUGAAAUAAAUGAGAAGACAUUAGUAAGAGAGGGAUGUCGGACUGCAUUACUGGCGCUUCGUUAUUCUGGGAAUCAUCAUAGAUGCUUCUGGUUUAAUGCUAUUGAUAAAAUACUUUAUAAGAUUCUUUGUGGGAGCUGCAACUCUUCAUCUCAUGCACAUCAGACUUUGUGCCAUGGGGAGCUGUUCAAUAUAGAUUCCAAAGAUAUUAUGGAUAUACAUCCCUAUGUAUGGGAUAUACUCGGAUAUCUAGCAGUACAUUGCGACAAUGAGCAUUUUUCGGUAGGGACAUGUCAGAAUAAUUUCUUGCAGGGACUGAUAUCAUGUGCUUGCUCGCUAGCAACAGAUUUAACUCUGAAAAAAAGUCCCCUCAAAUUGUCUAAGGAGGAGCAGGAACCGGCUUUGAGGGCAGUUCUUAUGAUGCUUCUCUCUCCUAGCCAAUUCAUUUUCUCUGAGGCAAGUUCUAAAUUUCUGGAAGCUGUUCUACCAUUAGACAAUGAAUAUAUGAACAUGUUCAUGUCAUCACUAGAAUCGAAUGUUACCAGAAAUCUUACGGCAUCUUUUGACUGUGUCAAGAUCAUGACCAACCUCAUGAACAUAGCAUGCUUGUUGGUAGUACAAUCUAACUAUAGUCUCAACAAAAGGAGUGCUGUAGAUGUAUUAUCCAACAUUAUCAAGGAAUGUCUGCACGAUCAUUUGUACAUUACGAGAUCAAACUUUGCUUCUCAUCUGCAAUUUUGUUUUGAUGGAAGUUCAUGCUGCUAUCUCUCUGAAGAGUGGGAGGGUGAAAAUAUUGUUUUAUUUUAUGGUCUCGUAGUAUUGUUUAAUCUGCUGAAGAGUGACAACUUUAUUUGUUUCCACUGUAAAAGAAAGUUAGAUGCGGGGAUUGUGUGCCAUGAAUGCAGAGAUCAUUACAACGAAGGUUUGGUUGGAGUCCUUAAACAAGCCUUGUGUCAGAACAUGAGCCCAGGGCCCAAGUCUUAUAUUGCACAUAUACUGAAUGGCGAAUCUCUAAGUGCUCAUGCGGCUAUCCUAUCAGCAAGAUGUCCUAAAUUAUUACCAUCUGAAAAAACUUUUGUCCGUGAUGGGUCAGUAACUUAUGAAUGGGGCAGAAGGUCAUGCUAUCAUGUUCGAAUGUCUGAUCGUGUAGAUAGUCACGCUCUGAAGAAAAUUUUGGAGUAUGCAUACACUGGGUUGGUCACUGUAGAUGAUGCCACUGUUAAGCCUGUAAAAACACUUGCAAAGUAUUGCCAUUUGAGAUCGCUGCACUUGAUGCUUCAGAAAGAGCAACCUAGAUGGCACUCAUGUCCCAUAUAUGAUCUUACUACAGCACUCGAACCAGCUAAACAUUCGUUCUCGGACAUCAUUUUGGAGGCCCAAUCAAAUGACAAAAUGGAGUGUCACCAUGGUUCGUGCCAGUUAUCGACUCCUCAUAUUCAUAGCCAUAAGGUCAUUCUGAGCGUGAGCUGCGAAUACCUCCGUGCUUUGUUCCAGUCUGGGAUGCAUGAGAGCUUUGCGGAGACUAUCAGAGUUCCGGUCGGAUGGGAAGCACUGAGAAAACUAGUUCAGUGGUUCUACUCAGGCGAGCUGCCUAGAGUUCCACCUGACUGCCGAUGGAAGGCUACGAGUACAGAAGAGAAGCUAUCUAUCCUGAAAUCGUACGCGGAGCUGUCGUCCCUGGCGGACUUCUGGUUCGUGGACGGGAUGAAGGAAGAGAGCCUUCAAGUGUUGACCUCGUGCCUGAAUUCCUCCAGCACGGACGCCUCCCUCGCCUUCAUCGGCUUCGCGGCGAACUUGGGCCAGUGGGAGCUGGUGGAGGCCGCCAUCAGCAGCGUGGCGCAUCUGUACCCCAGGCUGCGAGACUCCGGUCGGUUGGAGCAGCUCGAUGAGGACGUGCUCAACAUGCUGCGGACAGAGCAUGUCAGGUAUUUGCAGCACCGCAGUGCAAGUAAAUGAAUCCUUAAUGUCAUGGAGGGUUUUUUUUCCCCGUCCACUGGUGGUCGCAUAGCGGUCCUGUUGUCAUGUUGUGGUGGUGUAUGCACAGCUGUUGCGUUAAAAAAAAACUGUACAGCCACUUCCGUUGAAGCUUAUGGCGUCAUGAACGGGGCUCAUCUCCGUUGAAACAGGUACUCUCUCCGUUCUUUUUUAUUUGUCGCGUUUUAGUAAAAAAAAUGAAUUAGCGGACGAUAAAUAUUAGAGAACGGAUGUAGUAUAUUAGUAUUGGUUGAUAUCUCUAAUCGAUACUAAUGUCAACUCAUUGAUACCGGGUUGAGGUCA